AUGCGUUGCAAAUCGAAGUUCAACUGUUACGUCUGCAAGAGCAGGCACAAUACCUUGCUUCAUUAUGAGAGACAAGAUGAAUCAUCAGUCUCUAAGGAUAAGUCCGGAGAAGAUGCUGCGGAAACAGCGGAAAAGCGUAGCUCAAAAACAUCGUUGUUGGUUCAUCAUGGACAUGGACAUGUUUUUCUGUCAACAGCGUUGGUUUGGGUGAAGGACAAGCGAGGAGUUCGAAGACAGUGUCACGCUAUUUUGGACAGUGGGUCACAGCUAAACGUUUUUGUCUAAGAAUUUAGCAAGGCAAUUGCAAUUACCAACAGUGAAAGCAUCGAUGCCGGUGAGUGGUAUUGGAGCUAAUACAGUUCGUACCAGUACGACUGUUGAUGUGCAUGUCGAAUCCAGGGUUGGGCAAUUUGUGUUUGAUGCGACUUGUGUUAUUCUGCCAGCUAUUAUGUCGCAAUUACCUCCAGUGCGUACCCCGGAUGUGGGCUGGACCAUUCCAAACGAACUGCUGCCACGUUUGGCAGACCCUCGCUUCCACGAGUCUAAACAAAUUGACUUGCUGAUUGGUGGUGGUGCAUUCUUUGAUAUUUUGCAGCCAGAGCGUGUGCAGCUGGUUGUGCGAACAUUAUAUCUUCAAGAUAGCAAGCUUUCACAUGGUUAG